AACUUGAGCUCACUAUGAGAACUUGGGUUCAACAAAUUAUCACUACAAAUAUACCUUUAAGUGACCACUUAUUAAGAGAAAAAGGAAUCGAGUUUGCUCAUACACUUGAUUCAGAGGUAGCUGGACUUAAGAAAGAUCUUAAAUUAUAUUAUACAAUCAUUAAUGAACCUCUUGCUACAGAGGAUAUAAUGAAUGAUGAUGAAAUUCUUGUGAUGGUUUAUGAAACCUUUAAUCUUGAGCAAGUGAUAACAAAUUCUGAAGAAGAUAACGUGCCUCCAACACCUUUAGUAAAUUUGUCAAAAGCAAUAAAUACGCUAAAUAUACUUAUUCGAUUUCAAGAACAAAGAGAAAAUGAUAAUGAAUUCAAAUCAGAAGAAUUAGAUAUGCUAUACAAAAAA